AUGGAAAAAUACUGGUUUUGUUUUCUUAUUAUAUUUUGGUUUGUUUUGUUAAUUGUUCAAAAAGUGGUGAUUAGUCUCUGUUGGAGACCAAGGAGAAUCCAAAAUCAUUUCUUGAAGCAAGGGAUUAGAGGUCCUAAAUACAAUUUUUUAUUGGGUAAUCUUAAAGAGAUUGCUGAUUUACAACCUUCAUCAUCUCAGCACUUCCCUUUAUCCCAUGACAUUGUUCCUAGAGUCCUUUCCUUCUAUCAUCACUGGAAGAAUAUCUAUGGUGCAACAUUUCUUGUGUGGUUUGGGCCAAUAGCUCGUGUCACCAUCUCAGAUCCAACGCUAAUUAGGGAUAUCUUCCUUUUAAAAUCAGACAGCUUUGAGAAAACUGAAACACCUUCAUCCGCCAAGAAGCUCGAAGGCGAUGGUUUGUCCAAUCUCAAAGGAGAAAAAUGGGCCCACCACAGAAAGAUAUUAACUCAAACAUUUUACUCAGAAAAUCUCAAGCUAAUGAUUCCUAUGAUGGGGAAGAGCAUGAAGGAUAUGUUGAACAAAUGGUCGUCAAAAAUGUCGAACGAUGGCAAGGUGGAAAUUGAAGUUUCAGAAUGGUUCUUGAGAUUGUCAGAAGAUGUGAUUACACAUACGGUGUUCGGAAGCAGCUAUGAAGAUGGAAAGACCAUAUUCGAGUUGCAAACACAACAAUUGGCUUAUGCCACUAAAGCUUUUCAACAAGUUUUCAUUCCCGGAUUUAGGUUCUUGCCUACUAAGAAGAACAUAAUUUCUUGGAAAUUGGACAAAGACGUUAGAAAUUCAUUGAUGAAGUUAAUUGAGCAUAGGAAAAGAAGUUUGGAGUGUCAUCUAUGGGAGGAAGGUCCGAAGGAUUUGUUGGAAGUAAUGAUCAAAGCUAGUAGUUCAACUUAUUCAAAUAUACAAGUUGAUGACAUCGUAGAGGAAUGCAAGACCAUGUUCUUAGCUGGCAAAUAUACUACCUCAAAUUUGCUGACAUGGACGACCAUUCUAUUGGCCAUGAAUCCUCACUGGCAACAACUUGCACGUGACGAGGUCUGCAACGUCUGUGGAGCAAGUGAUACCCCAUCUAAGGACGAUAUUGCAAAGCUUAAGACGCUUGGUAUGAUCCUGAAUGAAUCCCUCCGACUAUAUCCACCUCUUGCGGCAACAAUGCGACGGGCCAAAAUGGACACAACAUUGGGAAACUUGAAGUUGCCUCAAGGGACAGAGCUACUUAUACCGACUAUAGGAAUCCAUCAUGAUGCAGCAUUAUGGGGCAGCGAUGUGAAUGAAUUCAAUCCAGCAAGAUUUGCUCGCGGCGUCGCCCAAGCAGCCAAAAGCCCCACUGCAUUCAUGCCUUUCGGCUUAGGCGCCCGCCACUGCAUUGGACAAAAUUUAGCAAUCAUACAAGCUAAAUUAGCAAUGGCUAUGAUCUUGAUGCGCUUCUCCUUUGAACUUGCUCCUACUUACCAACAUGCUCCUACUAUUCUUAUAUUCCUAUGUCCACAUUAUGGAGCUCCAAUCAUCUUCCAGAAAUUGUAG